UGCUCGAGGAAAUGUCGCGCGAAUAGAGUAAAUCGAAGAAGAAGAAGAAGAAAAAGAAGAAGAAGAAGAAGGAGGAAGAUGUGGAGACGCGUGGCUUCACUUUCUCCUAUGGUCUCUUCAACAUCGAGAUACCUCUCUCUCCAUCAGGCUGCUUCUAGGCUCAAAACUUGGGAAUCAUUUGCUACGGAGAUCAUAUACCCGGAAAAAGGGGAUUUACCGGCGAAGAGAAGAGCUCCAUUCAUUACGUUUGUGUUAGGUGGUCCUGGGAGUGGGAAAGGUACACAAUGCGAAAAGCUUGUUGAGACCUUUGGAUUGAAACAUCUAAGUGCAGGAGAUUUGCUAAGGAGAGAAAUCGCGUUGAACAGUAAAGACGGGGCCAUCAUUCUUGACUUGAUCAAAGAAGGGAAAAUCGUCCCCUCGGAAGUUACGGUAAAGCUGAUUCAGAAGGAGCUGGAAACGAGCAAUGCCAACAAGUUUCUCAUCGAUGGGUUCCCACGGAGCGAGGAGAAUCGUAUUGCAUUCGAGCGGAUAAUUGGAGCAGAACCGGACAUAGUGUUGUUCUUCGAUUGCCCUGAAGAAGAGAUGGUGAAACGUGUGCUGAACCGUAAUCAGGGCCGAGUUGAUGAUAACAUAGAUACGAUCAAGAAACGCCUAAAAGUCUUUGAAGCCUUAAAUCUUCCGGUUAUCAACUACUACAAGAAGAAAGGAAAACUCUACACCGUUAAUGCGGUGGGUACAGUUGAUGAUAUAUUUGAAAAAGUUCGUCCUGUUUUUGCUUCAUUCGAGAAGUUGAAGGAGUGACGAAUGUAACUCCAUGAGUCCCGUUUGGAUCGAGUUUUGUCUGUUGGGGACAUCAGAAACUAACCCGGUAAGCUAGGAACGCGAAUAAGAAUUCUUCAUGAACUCAAAAUGCUCAGGACAAGUUCUCUUGAAGUGCGCUUCUUUAACCAGCAAACUGUUCCUGUACAUAGCUUGAACUAAGAAGCUUUGUCUGUCUUGUCUUUUUGUCAAAGAGGAAAGAUAUCCUCAGUUUUCCGGACUCAUUAACCAUAACAAAUGUAUUGAAAUGUUUGCUUAUUGUUGAUGCGACUGUAGUGUCUUUUACCCAAAAAAAGAAGAAAAAAGGUGUAUUUUGUA